AUGCCUUUCUGUCGUGCCGCGCUCCCAUGCCCCGUGCCUCGCUCCCAUAACUCACUCCCACGCCUCAAUACCGUCCCCGCUCCCGUGCCUUACCGUGCCUCACUUCCCUGCCUCGAUCCCGUGCCUCGCUCCCUGGCUCCCGUGGCUGCACGUGGUUGUUAUCUCGUCCGCAGUGCCACCAUCGACAAAGGCAAAGACAGUGGUGGUUGGAGGGGGGGGGGGCUGAACCCGUGGAGCGAGUGGCGCAUGCGGGUCUGGAAAAAGCCAGAGCUGCGAGUGGGGGACACUCUUGUCUUCAAGUGGCGGGGCUUCCUCAACGACGUCGCGAUUACUGUUGACAAGAAGCAAAUCGAUACCUGCAACAUCACUGUAGCGUUUCUCCUGCACCAGACCACGUGGUCAGGCCGUUACAAGCUUCUGAUUCCAAAAGACACCUAG